AUGUCAUCACAAGGCGUUACGUUCGGAGGAAAUGAAAACUUUUCUUUGGAUGAUGAUUUUGAUUAUGUUGACAGUAAUAGCAAUACCCCAACUCCAUUACGUCCAAAGAAUAAAUUACUAACAAAUAUUUCUUCUCCAAUGACUCCAAUUCAUACAAGAUCAGAUUCCCUUUCGCAAACAUUUAUUAUGAAUAUUAGUCCUUUACGUGAUAUCAAGGAAGAUAAAUUUCAUGAAGUUGAAACACAAUUACAAACUUGGAUCGAAAAUAGUUUAGGAAUUAAAUUUGCUAAAAAGGACAGUGGUUUGGAUGUAAAAUCAUCACCUUCAUUAUUACCGGAUAUUGCUUCCAAGAAGGAAAGCUCUCGUAAUUUCUAUUACAAUUUAGAAAAUGGACUUGUUUUAUGUAAAUUAUUGCAACACUAUUUCCCAACAUAUAUUGCCUAUGAAAAGGUCCAUCAAUUUGAUCAACAAUUAUUCUCACUCAGUAGUGAUAAGGCCUUCAAUAGUAAUUAUCUUUUUAAUGCCAAGAAUAAUAUGGCUUUGUUUUUGGCAGGAUUGAGAAAAGUUGAUGGAUUUCCAGUAGAUUUGCUUUUCACAUUUGAAGAUGUUUUCCUUCAAAAGAAUAAGAAAUUAAUUUUGUGUUCUCUUACACAACUCCACGAAAAGGCUCUUUUCAACAAACAACAAAUGAAAGAAAUGGAAAAACAAGUACAAGAAGAACAAAAAUUGCUUGAACAAUUCGAAGAAGAUCUUCGUAUAAUCCAAGAAGAAGCCACCUCUCCAAGUGGUGAUGGAAAACUGAAACUUACACCUGGAACCCCUGAAAUUGAAAUUUCACCAACUCUUACAACUUCAGUCUCUACUGAGGCCAGAAAACCAUCUCCAACUACAAGAGCCCUACCAUCAUUACCAAUAAGAAAGCCAACAACUACUGUUGUUUCUACACCAACUGAAAGUUCUGUUACAGACUUUUUAAAUCAAUUGGAUAAUACAACAGUCGAAGAUAACACUGAUAGUACUAUCAAAACCAUUAUUUCAGUAUUCACACUUCCAUUAGUAAUUGCAACUGUUAUCUUACUCAAAUUACUGAAGUUUUUUGGUAAAUCAAAAACCAACUAA